GAUCAAAGCCAUCAACUUUUUCAAAGUAAACAUGGAUCUUCGGACAAUCAUCGCCAGCUGCCUGAUUCCGGUUCUGUUUGGAUUUUUAGCCGAAGCGAUUCCUCCCCACUACUAUUCGCAAUCACCUGCAGCCUUGCCAACUAGUGAUGAUGAUACACUUCAGGGAAUGUUUGGGUCGUUUGAAGAGCCCAAAUCAUCUGAAUACGAUGGUAAUCACAAAUCUGAAAACUCGUACAAAAAUCCUGAAGCUUCAGAAUGGCUGGAAGAGAAUGGAAACAAGGAACAGAAUGGAAUUAACAGAAAAGGAAUUCCAGAAUGGCAGGAUCUGAUUGAUAACAAUGAAGAACUGAUGUUGGGGGGAAACCAAAAUGCGGUGGCAACGCUGAGACAUCGUACCGAAAUGGGAGGCAAACUUGUAACGUGUCGUAGAGGUUUCGUAUACGAUCCGCACGUAGAAAGAUGCCGGAGAAAGUCAAAUGCUCAUAGAUAUGGUCAUCGUCGUUCCAGACCAUUGUGGCUCUAUUACUUACAACGUGUUGAAUGAGUUGAUUUUCCAUAAUUAUUCGUUUCACAAACUCAGGUUUUCUUGAAUCCAUGACACAAUUCCCAUGAAACCGUUACACCAUCAUAGAAGAAUAAAUAUGAGGAUUAAUUCAUUUUUCCUCCACCU